AUGGCAGAGAUCGGCAACCCAUACAUCCUUUCCUCAUCAGAAUUAGCAUUACCAAAGCCUAAAAACUAUUACAGCUCACUAAAAAAGUCCUGCAAUCAGAGUAUUUCUUUGACAAAAGAUGAUACAGAUGGGAAAAGACUUUUGGAGGAAAUUAAUUCGAUACUUCAGAAAGGCGAGAAAUUUGAAAAAGAAUUAAUUAAGCAAGAUCCUUUGUCCAGUCACAGAAAAAUCAAAAAUUUGAUAGCUCAAAGGGCAUCAAAUCCUAUUAUUAAAGACGAAUUUUUUAAAGAAUUCGACACCCAAGCCUCAUGCUAA